GAGAAACGUGCCAAGGAGAAAGGAGCAGAGGAAGUGUUGCCUAGAUACAGCAGAGAUUUCCCCAUUGAGUGCAGACGAUGGAGAAGUACGAAAAAAUAAAAGUAGUUGGACGAGGCGCAUUUGGAAUAGUACACCUUUGUCGACGUCGCAGUGAUGGGGCCCUUGUAAUCCUGAAGGAGAUUCCAGUUGAGCAGAUGACGCGGGACGAACGUCUGGCCGCUCAGAACGAGUGCCAAGUUCUCAAAUUACUCAACCACCCUAACAUCAUUGAGUACUAUGAGAAUUUUCUCGAAGACAAGGCGCUCAUGAUAGCAAUGGAAUAUGCGCCAGGUGGGACAUUAGCUGAUUACAUCCAGAAACGCUGCAACUCCCUGUUGGACGAGGACACCAUCCUGCACUUCUUUGUGCAGAUCCUGCUGGCUCUCUACCAUGUGCACAACAAACUCAUUCUGCACCGGGACCUGAAGACCCAAAACAUCCUGCUGGACAAACACCAGAUGAUCGUCAAAAUUGGGGACUUCGGGAUCUCCAAAAUCCUUGUCAGCAAGAGCAAGGCUUACACUGUGGUGGGGACGCCAUGCUAUAUAUCUCCCGAGCUGUGUGAAGGCAAGCCUUACAACCAAAAGAGUGACAUCUGGGCCCUGGGCUGUGUCCUUUAUGAAUUGGCCAGCCUCAAGAGAGCUUUUGAGGCAGCGAACCUGCCUGCCCUGGUUCUGAAGAUCAUGAGUGGGACUUUUGCCCCAAUAUCGGACCGCUACAGCCCUGAGCUCCGGCAGCUCAUCCUCAACAUGCUGAACCUGGACCCGUCCAAGCGGCCGCAGCUCAACGAGAUCAUGGCCCACCCCAUCUGCAUUCGGCCGCUGCUCAACCUCCACACCGACGUGGGCAAUGUGAAAAUGCGCAGGAUCGAGAAGCAGCUGUCUACUGUUCAGCCAGGUGCUCACGGCAGACCAGGGGGGCGUGUGGCUGGCACCCGAACGCGGGAUGGCCUGACAGGCCUUGGCCCCAGUAAGAUGAUGCACUCUCUUCCACAGUCGUCAGUGUACACGUGGGGCAGUGGCAUCUCCUCUCCGCUCCGGCUGCCCAUGCUCAACACAGAGGUCCUGCAGGUGUCCCUGGGCCGCACCCAGAAGAUGGGAGUCACCAAAUCAGGCCGCCUCCUCACCUGGGAGUCCCCCUCUCUGGGGUUAGGUGAGCCCAGCCUGCCUGGUGCUGUGGAUCACAUGCAGCCGAUGUUCAUCUCUCGCUUCCUGGAGGGCCAGUCUGGUGUCACCAUCAAAUCUGCGUCCUGUGGAGACCUCUUCACUGCCUGUCUGACCGACCGUGGCAUCAUCAUGACAUUUGGCAGUGGCAGCAAUGGAUGCCUGGGGCACGGUAGUUUCAACGAUGUGACGCAGCCUAAGAUAGUGGAGGCUCUGCUGGGCUACGAACUGGUUCAGGUCUCCUGCGGGGCCUCCCACAUUCUGGCCGUGACCAAUGAGGGAGAGGUAUUCUCCUGGGGCCGUGGCGAUAAUGGUCGCCUGGGGCUGGGCAACCAAGACUCCCACAAUUCCCCACAGCAGGUGAGUGUGGCGGCCGACUUCGAGGCCCAGAACGUGCUCUGCGGGGUGGACUGCUCCAUGAUCAUCAGCACCCAGCAGCAGAUUCUCUCUUGCGGGAGCAACAGGUUCAACAAGCUGGGGCUAGACCGAAUAGUCGGAACAGACGAGCCUCUCCCUCAGGAUCAGGUGGAAGAGGUCCAAACAUUCUGUCCCAUCCAAUCAGCUCCUCUGAAUGUGGAGAAGAUUGUGUACAUUGAUAUAGGAACGUCCCAUUCUGCUGCAGUCACGGAGAAGGGCCAGUGUUUGACGUUUGGCAGUAACCAGCACGGCCAGCUGGGUUACAGCUCUCGGCGCAGCAGCAGAGUGCCGUACCCGGCGCCCAGGCUUCAGGGCAUCACCAAGGCGGCCUGCGGAGAUGCAUUCACCGUUGCCAUCGGAGCUGACGGGGAGGUCUACACCUGGGGGAAGGGAGCUCGCGGUCGCCUGGGCAGGAAAGAGGAGGAUUCUGGGAUACCAAAGGCGGUUCAGCUCGACGAGACCCAUCCAUUCACCAUCACCUCGGUGGCUUGUUGUCAUGGCAACACCCUCCUGGCGGUGAAACCUCUGUUUGAGGAGUCGGUACCAAAGUGACCCCUGUGAUUAUGAGGAAUCAACAGCACAGAAGACAAAUGCAGCGUGAAGGACAAAUGGACACGGAGAAUCUUGCUGCAUUUCGGAAAACACUUCAUACUUUGCGGUGUUAUGCCAUGGACCUGAUCAUGUUCAGAAAAUGGUCUCGUGUUCAGUGGAUGAAACUGAAAAAUGAAAAUACUGGUAUGAUGAGGACUAGUAUCUGUUGGGUGAACAGUGCUGUUGUAAAUAUGAGUUUCAAGCCUCAUCAAAUGAAGCGUGAUAGGUAAAUAAUGGCUUUUCUCGAAGAGGAAAUGGGUGAUUGUCUCUCAAACAGGGUUGCCUUUUUAGGCUCCCCUCCCAGGAAGAGAAACAGGCUGGACUGGUGUAAGCAUGGCAGGAAGGGAGUUUCAACACAACAUGCUUUUUAUUACUGCCAAAGUUUGUCAUGGUCCAAAAAGACUUUUCCAACUUUUCAUGUGCAAAUCGUCAGGCACUGAUAUUUGUUGCAGUAUAAAACUUACUAUGAACUAAGUGACCUAUUCAAUGAUAAUGGUGCCAUUCUGUUUCGAGUAAUAAGGCCACCCCCUUCCAAAGUUGAGUACACAGAUUUCUAGAUGUCAUACUGAACUAAUAUAUGAAUGCCUGAGUGGCAACAGUAUUAUGCAAUGUUUCAUACCAAAGCAUUGCCAAAACAACUAAUGGACACUUGCUAUGCAGAGUGCAUUAUUCAUCAUGACAAAUGUAUGUAUAUUCCACAUGACGCAAUUUCAUCCAUAUAUGUGUUCGAAUUAUAGUUAAUUUAUGAACAAAGCAGGUACUUUUUUGUUUAUCUCAUUGUUCUGGCCAUUCAGUGUAAAGUCAUUUAAUUGAUAGCCUUAUGCUCCUAUUUUAGGACUAUCCUAAGCAGAUAAUCAGUCUCACUCUCAUAGUCGGGGAAGGAGCAAACAUAUUUAAUUUUAGUAGGCUUAUGUCCUUCUGGCCUCUAGGGGAAUUGCUACAUUUUGGAAUAAUGGCACUCAUUUAUUUUGAUGAGUGAGCUUAUAUUACGCCAAUAUGCCAUGGAAAAAUCCCCAAGUUAGGCAUGUUGGCAAAGGGGGACAACAUUCAGGGAUUUCAACAUCAUUUUGUAAUAAGGAGAACAUGACUUUGAUCAUCGUGAAUUGUAGUAACCUUCUCUUGGAAGUAGUGUUGAAGGAUAUAACAGAAAAAGAGGUUUUAACGUGUGUUUUUCCCUAUCUGCUGCUACCACGUUAUUGUGCCACAAGCAUAAGAUGCCAUCAUUUUUUUGAUGAUGUAAUGUCUGAGCAAUACCAAUGGGGUUGCAUUGCAUCUCCUUCGUGAUCCAUUGACGCUUUUCAUCGUAAAAUAUGACAUAAUCGUGUUGCAUGUCUUUUUAUGUUUUAGGCUAUAUGUUUAAUAAAAACGAAAUUGUAUUCAAAAUAUAUCUAAAUAAAAUGAAAUCAAUAUUGAUGAUCCAGUGUGUCGAUAUCGC